AUGAUAGAUUCAUUGUAUGGCGAUUUACCCCCUCCACAAUUUGGAGAUGAAGAUGGUUUUAAACCAACCAUAUUCAUAAGUGACGCCAUUAAACCACUAUUGAAACCUACACAAACAGUCACUACCAUCAGUAAUACCAAAUUUCACUCGUCAAACCAAUCGACAUCACAACAAUUACAAAAUUAUUCAUUAAGUCAACAAAAUCACGUAUCAUCACAAUCAAAAUCAUCAAAUAGUGCGCGGCCAAUACAAAUCCAUUUUUCAGCAUUGCCAACAAAACCAGACAAUUCAUCAGAUUCGAAUAGAUCUAUAGUUGCAAUUAAUAGUAAUAAUAAUUCUCCAGUAUCAAUAGAUGAUGCUGAUGUUACUACUUAUAAAUAUAAUUCACUAGAUGACGAGGAAUACAAUCCGGCAUAUCCCAAUAGCUACGACAGGUACAUUAAUGAAAAAGAAGUUAAGCGGAAGAUAAGUGAUAAUAGAUCAAUACCCAGACGUGGCAUUGACUUAAAUGUUACAGGGGAGGAAGCUUGGAAGAAAAGAGCUAGCAUGUCAGACCCAGCCGCUAUACCUAUUGGACUUGAGUUUACAUCUAAUGGCAGCAAGAAGAAUUUAGCAGCUAGGCUGAUGGAAAAAAUGGGAUGGAAAGCGGGAGAAGGGUUAGGCAAGGAUAAGCAGGGUAUUAAAACACCCUUAAUAGCCAAAAAAGUCGCCCAAAAUAGCGCAAUAAUCACAACGCAGGAUUCAAUAUUUACCCUAAACAACAAAACGCAAAUUAGCCGUAUUUUAUAUUUAAAAUCAGACAAUAUGCUUUCACUAGACAUAGUGGAAGAUGAGGCUUCGAAAUAUGGGAGCUUGAUAUCUAUUAGACCUCACAAUUCAAGUGACUAUCGCAUAUUCUUGGAGUUUGAAACAGCGAUACAAGGAGCCAACUGUUAUAAAAAUAUGAACAAAUCGACACUAAAUGGCAGUAUAUUGUCAUUGUAUUACUAUCCUGUGGACGAGUUUGCUAAUGAUAAUUUGGAUUAUGAAACUUUGUAG